AUGAGAACUAGGCCAUUACAGCGAAAUUUGAGCUCUUUAACAUCGCAAAUCAACGAGUUACGUGAGACUUCGUAUUCUCCAGACGUGCCUUCCCUGGGAUUCAAAAAAAGACGGCUAGAUCCAAAAUCGAUAGACACUUUAAGUUCGCCUGAUGCCCCACAAGAGCUAGAAGAAUGGUGCCAAAAAUACGAGCCCCAUCAAACUUCAAGCCUUGUGCUCCAUCAAAGAAAACUACAAGAUGUGAGAAAUGUACUGAAACCUAUGGUCACUGGAGAAAGUCCCUACCGGAUUCUGCUGCUGACAGGACCUGCUGGUUGCUCUAAAAGUACCUGCGUCAAAACCCUGGCUGACGAACUUAUAUCUGACAAGCCUGAAUACUUGUCUGCCUCAUCCUUGACCCUGGGAAAUUCUCAAGGACGUCAAGCCUGCAUAGAGUACGAUGGCAGUGACUUGCCAUCCGGUGUUUCAAAGGUGGAUCAUUUCAACGAGUUCCUCACGCAAUCGAAAUAUAGAACGGGCUCAAAUGCUAGCAUAUUACUAGUGGAAGACCUUCCGAAUCUUUUCCAUCAAAACACCAGACUCCAAUUUCAAAAGUCAUUACUCCGAUGGCUUUGCAACCCUCAAUCGCGGAUGCCGCCAUUAGUGAUAUGUCUGACAGAAUGCGAGAUCCGUGGCACCGAGGAUACAUCGCCUCGCUUUAGCAUCGACACUCAAUUCAUAGCAGAAACAGUGCUGGGAUUUGAUGUGCUCAAUCACCCACGUCUGCGACGCACACAGUUUAACCCUAUUAACAAGACUCUGCUCAGAAAGCACCUGAACUCAAUAUGCGAUCGAGAAAGAAAGGUCUUCAAACCAGGGAAGUGGGAGCAGAAAGACGAGUUCAUAAGUGCUCUCACUGAGAGUUGUGGGGAUCUGAGGUCCGGGAUCUCUGCAUUGCAAUUAUGGGCCACAUCCUCGAGCUCGAAGUUCGCAAGCAGUAGUGUUAGAGAACAAUCUAUUUCCUAUUUUCAAGGGCUUGGGCGGAUUAUACACGGUUCCAAAGAUAUUUCCAAUGACAAUGAAAUGUUUAAUGACCUGAUAUUGUCUAAUAGCACUAGCAGGGGAGAGUUGCUAAAAUUGGGAGUACUGGAGAAUUACGCGACGUUUUGCAAAAGUCAAUUUUCCCUGUCGUGCGCAGCGGAUAUUGUAGAUUCUCUGAGUCUGGCAGAUGGAAUGUCGGCUGAGAACGCAACACGUCCUCUCACCGAAUCGAUAGAAUACCCUAUGCGGACUGUCCGACAUGUAUUUGCCGGCCUCAGCAAAGAAUCUAAAUCAUCUCACAAUAAACCCAAUUUUCCUCGAGAGUCCAAAGUUCGCAAGCUGCGCAGUCGGUUUGUCGCUGAGGCCGACAAGUAUUCUUACGUCACAAUACAAAAAUACAAGAGCUGGCACAGCAUGAGUGACAUUGCACUAUACUUCGGCUUCUUCGCACCACUGAUAAGAAAGCGUCGCAACUUCAAACAGAAAUCCUUACAACAAUAUGUGAGUACGCUUAGCUCGCAAAGCGAGCGGGAAAAAAUCAUUGCUGCAAACUCAAGUUUACUGGCCGUGGAAGACGGGAUGGAUGUGUUAGAACGUGUCGGCGGGGAGCUGGGUUCUGUUAGCGCCACUUCUGAGGUUGUCCUAGAGGAGAAAGACGAGAGCUUUGGCAUUCUUUUGAGUUCUAAAAGCCCGGUAUUCAAUUACCUUCACACUCAAGAUGUCGUUUCUGAAGCAAAAAUCGACCCAGGUGAAUAUGACAACCCUAGUGAUGAUGAUUUCUUGGACCCGAUUGUUGAGAGCGGAAGCGAAAACGAUAGUUUCAGCUUCAGCGAUGAGGACGACACAAUCUACGAUGCGCUUGCAUCCCAAUCGCCACGCAAGCCCGCGCUUCCCUGA